GCGCGGCGCCGGGGCCGUUUUCUCGGCGCAGUAGCCGCAGUUCUGCGCUCCUCGCCGGCGGGAACCUGAGCGGCGUCCCGGGGUCCCUGGCGGACCGAGUCGGGGCGCCGGCGCCUCCCCGGGGGCCAUCAACAGCGAGAGCACGAGCCCGGCCAUGGAGGGGCUGGAGAGCGCGCCCGCGGCCAGGCCGAGCCUGACGUCCAUCUCGUCGGGGGAGCUGCGCAGUCUGUGGACGUGCGACUGCGAGCUGGCCCUGCUGCCCCUGGGCCAGCUGCUGCGGCUGCAGCCCGGCGCUUUACAGCUGCGCGGCGACCAGCUUGUGGUGCCCGCGCCCGCGGAUCCCGCCUCCGCGCGCGGGGGCUUCAACGUCUUCGGAGACGGUUUCGUGCGCCUCGACGGGCAGCUCUACCGCCUGAGCAGCUACAUGAGGAGAUAUGUGGAACUGACCAACUACUGCGAUUAUAAAGACUACAGGGAAACUAUAUUGAGCAAACCAAUGCUCUUCUUUGUUCAUGUACAGACCAAGAAAGACUCCUUGAAAGAAAGGACAUAUGCGUUUCUUGUGAACACAAGGCACCCCAAGAUAAGAAGACAGAUAGAGCAGGGGAUGGACAUGGUCAUUUCCUCAGUGAUUGGAGAAAGCUACCGGCUCCAGUUUGAUUUUCAAGAGGCAGUAAAGAAUUUUUUCCCUCCAGGAAACAAGGUUGUUAACGGAGAAGAUUUGAGCUUUGCGUAUGAAUUCAAAGCCGAUGCAUUGUUUGAUUUCUUCUAUUGGUUUGGGCUCAGCAAUUCCACUGUAAAAGUGAAUGGAAAAGUUCUAAAUUUGUCAAGUACAAGCCCAGAAAAGAAGGAGACCAUUAAAUUAUUUCUGGAAAAAAUGAGUGAACCUUUAAUCCGAAGGAGCAGUUUUUCCGAUCGAAAAUUCAGCGUAACUUCUAGAGGUUCAAUAGAUGAAGUUUUUAACUGCAGUCUGUCACCCAGAUCAUCUCUGAUGGAGCCUCUUGUGGUAGAAUUGCCAUUUCCAUGCGUUCUGGAAUCUGAGGAGACACCAAACCCAUUUAUCUGAUUGGGCUGGAUAUUCCACAGUUCCUCCUACACCCCAGGCCUGUGCCAGCAUCGAGGGCUAAGGGGACGUGAGAGAGUGGGGAGGCGGGUACCUCCAGACCCUCUCCUCUGACAAGCCCCUUCCUUGCAUUUCCAAGAGCGAUGCCUUGGCAGUCUGAUGCAGCUGACUUCAGGAUGGGAGGCUUUGGCCCCACGGCUGGAGGGUUCCUCUCCUUUGAACACUUCUGCAAAGAGCCAGAGGGAAGCAGCAGGCAUCAUACCCUGGCAUACCCUGGCACCACAUACCCUGGCAUCCUGGGGGCUUCCCAGGCGGAGCCAUCCUACCCAGGGUUUGCCCCAAGAUGCUUCCUAUUUCCAGGUUUGGCCCUCUGCUUGGGGACAUCCCUGUCUGAACCUAAACCCAGCAAGUGUGAGGUUAGCAGUGCCACUGUCUUGCAAACCUGGCUGAGCAAAAAGUCCAGGACAUCUUUCUCCAGAAGUCAAGUCUGUCUUUCAUCCUGCUGGUGGGAUGAAACCUUAGGACAAACAGCGGAGGUGAGGCUUGAUGGAGGACCGGCCAGGCUGGUAGGAUUGCAAGCCUGCCCCCGCUGCCUGAAAUCUGAACUCCCGUGGCCUCCCUUUUAAAAAAGUGGCCUGUGCAGAGAGGGGCCAGGUGAUGCGAUACCACACAUGACGGGAAAAGGAUAAUGUAUGUGGCCGUGUCCUCUCUAAUAAAAGCACAUAGUGUCAGCUGGGUAUUUUAUAAGCUUUUAGCAAUCCUAACACUAAAAGCAAAAUAGAAGAAAGCUAUAUAUUACCAUAAUACAUUGUAGUCACAUCAAUAACAUUUUUCAUCUCAUAGCUACAGUGGAGUUCUUCAAAAAGAAAAAAAAAUCAUCCUAUCUACAUAUAAAAACCUGCAUGAAUGAAUUGCUACAUAGGCUUCUAAUGAGAAACAUUUGUGGGUCCUGAGUAUAAUUUUCUUAUCCUUUUAAAGAAUGUUCCUGUAUGAUGCAUUUUGAUAGCACCACCGAUUGUCCUUUCGUUUGUAUUUGAAAUGGUAUGUGCCAUAUUCGUGCAAUUAAAUGUUUCCUUAGCAUUCAACAUAGAAUUGAUUAAAUUUGUGACCAAUGUGUGUGACCAUUCCAUCAUGCUAUGCAGAUGGUAUGUUGGCCUUGUAACUUACUAACUUACAGUAAGAAUUGUGGUUUUAUAGCUACUUUCUCAGGAAGAGCCUUUUGGGGGACUUCCCCAGUGAUCCAGUGGUUAAGACUCUGUGCUUCCAAUGCAGGGGGUGCAGGUUUGAUCUCUGGUCAGGUAACAAGGAUCACGCAUGCUGCAGGGCACACCCAAAAAUAAAUAAACAAAAAUUUUUAAAAAGAA